CUUUGGAAGACGAACAUGACGUGCGUUGCGACGACACUGGUUGAUGUCUGAUAGAUAUACCUCUGAGGUGUCGAGCGCAAAACCGGUGGAGCAAUGAAUGGCGGAAAGGACUGCGAGGCGGGAGAUGAGAGGCAGGCCGUCCCUGUCCAGGUCCCCAUUGGCUGGCAGCGGAAGGCGGAGCACGGCGGCGGCGUCGUGUACAUAAGUCCCAGUGGCUCGGUGCUGUCCAGCUUGGAGCAGGUGAAGACCUACCUGCUGACAGAUGGAACCUGCAAAUGCGGCCUGGAGUGCCCGCUCAUCCUCCACAAGGUGUUCAACUUCGACCCAGGGGCGGCUGUCAAGCAGAGGACAGCAGAGGAUGUGAAAGCAGAUGAAGACGUCACCAAACUCUGCAUUCACAAGAGGAAGCUUCUGGCCGUGGCCACGCUGCACAAGAGCAUGGAGACGCACCCACCGCUGACGCUGACCAGUCCAGGGGGAGGUACGUCAUCUGUGGUUGCUGUGCAUUCCACGACUCAACGAGCAAUAAGGACUAAACCCCACGAUGGCCUGCCCAACGCUGUUGGCCCCGACUGCAAGAAUCCUUUCAAGAUGAUGAUGGCAGCUGGACAGCAGCAGCAGCAGAGGCUGUAUCCACCCCAGGAGAUGGGGGGAGCCCAGCAGCCAGAGCUCUACUCUGGGUACGCCAGGCCUCAGAGGCUGGGCAGUGGGGAACCAGGCCCUAAAUCCCCUUACCGGGCUGGCUAUGGAGGCAUGCUGAGCCCACCUCCCUCCAGUGCUAAGCUGUAUGGAGAUGGCUCACAGUCUCCCAGUGCAGACACUCUGGGCAGCCCUGAGGGCUUUCAAAGGACCAAUCCUUGUGGGUUUCCUGGAGCCGGCAGUCCUGGCUCAGCCUCCAUCCACGGGAACACGAGGACGCCUCUUUCCCCACCCAGUGUGAUGCUCCACGGCUCCCCUGCGGGCCAGCCAUCCUGCGCCAUGACAGGAAGGACUAGCACGCCCCUCUCCCCAACGGCCACUGCCAAAAGCCCUGUCAUGAACAUGAACAUGCCACGGGGGAAUUUUCCCCCUGGUAUGGAUAUGCCCCGUGCAGCGUUUCACCAUAAAACACAGCCCCCUGUGCACCCUGUACCGCCCCCUCCAUCCAUACCGCCAUCCUGUGCCCUUCAGAAAAGGCAGUUGACCUCUGAAAAGGACCCCUUAGGCAUCCUGGACCCCAUCCCCAGCAAACCAGUCAGCCAGCCCCCCACCAAUGCCCCAAACCCUUCCAACUUCCAGCCUAACAUCCACUCUCAGGUACAAAUGAUGAAUGUAAACAUACCCCCUCCCGCCAUCGUUCCCUUGCCAAGCAACUUACCUUUACCCACAGUGAAGCCUGGGCCUGUGGGGCAUGGCGGCCAUGUUCAAAGGACUCAACAGGGUGGUCCGGCUUCCUCCAUGUCUCCUUCCCCUGUCACCUCCCCUGUCCACAUGGCUGGGCCUGCGCACGGGAGGAUGGAGGCCUCCCCUCAUCGCUCACGUUCGUCCUCCACCUCCUCUGACCAUGGGAACUUUGCAAUGCCCUCAGGGCACCAGGCCCCGUGUGGCACCAUGAAGGUUCCUCCUCGUUCCCCCAGGUCGGCAAUGGGCUCUCCCAGGCCAGCCAUGCCCUCCAGCCCCUCCACCAACAAAACUGACCCUCUCCACCAGUACAAAGACUCCCAGCUGCUGCCUGGGAUGGGAAACUCAAUUGGCCCCCAGCAGCACAGCAAUCCCAUGUACUCACCCACCUCUUCCUCCUCAUCGUCAUCUUCUUUGGCAACCCCCAGCGCUUCCCAGAAGGGCCACCCAGGACUCCUGGGGAUGCCCCUCAACCAGAUCCUCAACCAACAGAAUGCCGCUUCCUUCCCCGCCAGCAGUCUCCUGUCAGCCGCAGCCAAAGCACAGCUAGCAAAUCAAAACAAACUCAGCGCUGCUGGCAACAGCACUGCUGGCAUGGCAGGUGGUGGUGUUGGCAUGUCAGGCAUGGGGGCAGGUGGUGGAGGUAACGGAGGGGGUGUCGGGCACCCUGGCUCUAUGAGCGGCCCUCGAGGCAUGGAGGGACACAGCACUUUAAACCCCAUGCUCCCGCCAAACUCUACCAUGCUGCUCAACACUCCUGAGGGCCAGAGUGGCCGGGCGGCUCUCAGAGACAAGCUCAUGGCCCAGCAGAGGGAUCCCAUGCGCAAACGGAAGCAGUCAUCGGGCAACGCUGCGGUGAACCACGACAACACUAACAACAUGGUCUACAACAUGCUUAACAAACCAGGCAUGGGAGGACCCCACAUGCCGGGGCCCAGUGCCACUGAGCAGCUGAGAAAAGUGGGCCGACUUGGAAACCUUCACCCGAACACCUCUAUGGCUCAGCUUCUGCAGUCCAUGAGCUGCCAGAGUUCUCACAACCUGGCUGGGAACAGCCAUCGUCCAGGCCUUAGCCCCGGCCCUGGUGCUCAAGGAGCUGCGCCGCUGCACUACAACGACAGCACGGGCAUGGUCCCAGGUGGUCCUCAGCAGAAUCUCCUUGUUCAGCAGAGGCUGCGAGGUCCGGGAGAUACCAUGCAGCACUGCCAGAACAUGGAUACCGCUGGAGGCCACCUGGGCCCUCGUCCAGGCCAGUUCCCUGACAUGAUGGCUCAGAUGCAGGCCUCUUCCAUGAGUAACUGUGGGCCUAUGGGUCCAGGCGGUGGACCGGUGGGACCUGACGGCAUCCCGCUGGGACGCCCCAACACUAACCCCCCACCACUGUCCCAUCCCGGCCCCCAUCCCUCACAACUUCACAGUAUGGGGCGGACUAACAUGGUGAUGCCACAUGGAGGUGGCGACGGAAGCUGUACCCAGGCUGUCUCUGAUGCAGGAAACCCGUCAUCACUCGGCUGUAGCUUGGGCGCCCUGCAGCCGCACGUCAACGCCGGUGGAGGUCAGAUGUACCAGCAGCAGGUCCACCAGGCCAUGCAGCAGGGGGUGGCCUCCCACCCGGCCUACCAGGGACAGCAGCACUUCUCUGACAACCCCCCCUACUCAGACAGCAGCAACGCCAACGCUGGCUCCAUGGCCUGCCUCUACCAGAACUACCAGCAGGGGAUGUUGCCGCACCCACAGUUUGGGGAGGACCAGCAGCCCCAGGGCGAGGGGCUUCCAGCGGGGACACCCGGCUCUGACAGGGGCCCUGGUGGAGGCCCGGAGUCGGUGGAUGCCAUCUACAGAGCCGUGGUGGACGCCGCCAGCAAAGGCGUGCACGUCACCAUCACUACCACCGUGAGCGGGACCACACAGGCGAGUCCGGUGCCUGCCCUCAGCGCCAUGAGUGCCUUCACUGCCUCCAUCGGGGAACCCGUCAACCUCCCCCAGGCUGUCAGCGCAGUCUUACAUGGGCACCAGGAGGGGGAGGCGCCGCAGGCCCGGCCGAGGCAGGUGAGACCAGGGCGGGGUCAGAAGAACAUGGAUCCAGGGAAGAGCACUCCGGACGGCCCAGAGGCUAACGACUACUUCCGUUCUCCGGGUCGCGGGACUCCCAGGGCUCAGUGGGACGGAGAGUCGCAGCACAGCAGCGGCUUCGAUGCGCACAGCAACAACAGUGCCUGGGGGGGAGAGGAGUUCCUGGAGUGCUCUACCCAGGUGAGAAGUAGUCCCUGCAUGGAGAGACCCGCCAGCCUGGCCCCGGCCCCACCGUGUCCCACCGAGGGCUCCAACGACCACGGCUUGGCCAUGGCCCACGACAAGGCCUUCCUCGACGACGCGUACCGGUUUAACAACUGCAGCCGGACGCCCGCCAACUACAAGGAACGUCUGGAGCAGACGGUGGAACGAUGCGCCCACAUCAACGGCGCCACGCCCCACUUCAACACCCGGGGUUACGGCGAAGUCCUGGGGCCCCCGCGGCAGGACCUGACGGGGGACGACCAGUCGCCCAGCUCCUCCACCAGCCUGGAGGGACCUCUGGCCACAGCCAAAGACUACAGCCACUACAAUGGCCACUUCAACGGCAUGGCGCCCAGCCCCUCGGACACAAAGAGCCUGAGCAGCGAGGAGGACCUGCGGCAGCCGGACUCUCCCUCGUCAGAGCUGCUUCACUACCGCUCCAGGACCUUCAACAUGGGAGAGCUGGUCUGGGGCCAGCUGAAGGGCUUCCCACCCUGGCCUGCCAAGCUGGCCGGGGACGAACAAGUGCACAGCGCUGCUAUGCAGCUUCGGGAGCAGGCCAAGGUCGAGCCAGAGAAGCUAAAAACACUAACUCACGACUUGGAGGCGCUCGACCGAGCCGCCAAAAGAGGCCUGAAACCGGGGAAACUGAAUAAUCACUUGGAAGCUGCUAUCCACGAGGCCAUGAGCGAGCUAGACAAGAUGUCGGGCACAAUCCCGUCGAGGGAUCGACAGGUGAAGCUCCCCAAGCCUAAGAGGAGGAAGAUAUCCAGAUAACAUUGAAUGUGUCGGCCCAAGAACGUCCUCAAAGCCUUUCGGAGACUUCGUCCGUUCAGCCUUGAUGCGAUCUGAGCUCUCUAACAGGUGCUACACAUGGACUUUCAGUGGUACAUCGUUGUUCCAUGAUAUCAACUUGACUUAAUGACUGACCACAGAAGGUGCUGGAAAUUCCAAUCACCGAUACAGUUUUAACUGUAGAGAAAAAAAAACAAAAAAAAAAGGAAAAAAAACAAGAAAAAAUCCAGAAAAACAACAAAAACGGUUGCAAUUUGUCUACAGCUCACUGAAUUAACUAUUUUUUUCUAGUAUAAGAUAGUAAAAUAAACAAAAAAAAGCUACAAGCAUUACCUUACAUAUUUAAGAAAAAUAGACAGUCCAAAUAUUUCUGAUACAUUUUCAAUAUGUAUAUAGAUAAUCCUGAAAUUUCAUGCUAUUAAGAAUUGUAUGUAAAUAUUGUACAAUGUCAUGUACAAGCGUACCUAAUGCACAUUUUAUCUUUUAUUGUACAAAAACAAAGCAGAAGAAGUGUACCAAUGUCUUGGUUUCUAUUCAGAAAUGCGGUUGCAUACGGCCGCAUGCAUAGGAUAAAUAAGAAUACAGCCUAAAGCUUUUAUAUGA